AUGUCCGACAACUCAAAUCCUACAUACCAUGGAAUAUAUCUAUCCGGUAAUUUUGAAAUCGAACAGAAGCUCUCACCAAACCAUGGAUGGCGAUCCGAAUACCGCACAUAUGUAACUUACAUCGGUUGUGGUGGCGCGGACCGCGAUCAACAUCUACUUUACGAGAUAAAGGCCAAGGGCUAUAGCUCACCUACGUAUAUGUUGUCUCAAGACUACAUCUACUACCUAAGAGGUUCAUUCUUUCCGUCAAACACUCCUGAAACGGAAAAUGAUCAGCUCUUGUUUGAGGGUAGUGAUGCAAACGUAGUGUCAGCCUGCAAAAGUUGCGAAGCGGAUUUAGUGGACUCGGUUGGUGUCACCUCUCUAGGAAUUGUGAUUGGUAUAGAUACAAUUGUGGAAAAGUGCCUGCCACCGUCCCCUGGCCCAUCAGCUUCCUUGUCUUCUGCCUCCGACAACUCUGGUAUGCCAAAGGAGGCAGUAAUUGCAGAAGUAAAAAAGCGGGCUCGAUAUCAACCCAAAAGGAAGUUAUCUACCGCUUCGGGUGAUGUCUCGCCCUAA